GGACAGCUGCUGUGGCCGCCGCCGCCUGGACAGAGAUGCCGCAGCACACGACGGGGGACAAGCCCUUCGCCUCCUUGCCACAGCUGGUCCUCCCCAGCACCCCCGCGGCCCUGGACGACAGGGGCGACGGCACUCCCCCCAGCCGGCGGGCGUCCCUGGGCCUGGGCACCCUGCGUCCGGCCUCCCACGGCCCCCAGGACUCCUGCGUCCAGCCCCUGUGCCAGCCCAGGGCCCAGAAGCCCGGCGGCCAGGCGGCCCGCGCCGCGCGGUACCCGUCGGUGGGGCCGCAGAGCUCGGAGUGCGGCUGGCGGCACUUCGCCCCCGCGUGCCUGCAGGCCCUCAACACGCCCCGGGUCUUCCUGCUGUUCCUCUGCAUGGCCUCCUUCCUGCAGGGCAUGACCGUCAACGGCUUGGUCAACACCGUCAUCACCUCCAUCGAGCGCCGCUUCGACCUGCACAGCUACCAGAGCGGCCUGGUGGCCAGCGCCUACGACCUGGCCUCCUGCCUCUGCCUGGCCUUCGUCGGCUACUUCGGCGGCAGCGGGCACAAGCCACGCUGGCUGGGCUGGGGCGUGCUGCUCAUGGGUGUGGGCUCGCUGGUGUUCGCGCUGCCCCACUUCGCCGCCGGCCCCUACAAGGCGGAGGGGGACCAGGGCCUCGGCACCUGCCCGGCCAGCCGCAGCGGCCCGGAGUGCGGGGGCCGCGCCGGGGGCCCGUCCGGCUACCAGCUGGUCUUCGUGCUGGGCCAGUUCCUGCACGGCGUGGGCGCCACGCCGCUGUACACGCUGGGCGUCACCUACCUGGACGAGAACGUCAAGUCCAGCUACGCGCCCGUCUACAUCGCCAUCUUUUACACGGCGGCCAUCCUGGGCCCCGCGGCCGGCUACCUGAUCGGAGGCGCCCUGCUGAACGUCUACACGGAAAUCGGCCGACGGACCGAGCUGACCACCGAGAGCCCGCUGUGGGUCGGCGCCUGGUGGGUGGGCUUCCUGGGCGCCGGGGCCGCCGCCUUCCUGGUCGCGGUCCCCAUCCUGGCCUACCCGCGGCAGCUGCCAGGCUCCCAGAGCUACGUGGUCGUGAGGGCCUCUGAGACGCACCAGCUGAAGGACGGGGGCGACGAGGCGGCCAGCAGCCCCGACUUCGGGAAGACCAUCCGCGACCUGCCUCUCUCCGUGUGGCUCCUCCUGAAGAACCCCACCUUCGUCCUGCUCUGCCUGGCCGGCGCCACCGAGGCCACGCUCGUCGCCAGCAUGUCCACCUUUGGCCCCAAGUUCCUCGAGUCCCAGUUCAGCCUGAGUUCCUCCAAGGCCGCCACCUUGUUCGGGUACCUGGUGGUGCCGGCGGGCGGCGGCGGCACCUUCCUGGGCGGCUUCUUCGUGAACAGGCUGAGGCUGCGCGGCUCCAGCGUCAUCCGGUUCUGUCUGGUCUGCACCCUGACCAGCCUGCUGGCCACCUUGGUCUUCUUCGCGCACUGCCCCAACGUGCCCGUGGCCGGCGUGACGGCCCACUACAACGGCAGCGCCGCGCCCGACGGCCACCUGGAGCUGACGGCCGCCUGCAACGCCAACUGCAGCUGCCGGCCCGAGCACUACAGCCCCGUGUGCGGCUCCGACGGGCUCACGUACUACUCCCCGUGCCACGCGGGGUGCCAGGACGAGACCGUGGCCAGCCCCGGCGGCCAGAAGGUGUACGGGGACUGUGGGUGCGCCCUUCAGAACCUGCCCUCCGGCCCCGGCCACGCCUCCGCGGGCAAGUGCGCCUCCGCCUGCCGCAGCAAGCCCCUGCUGCUGGUCCUCAUGUUCGUGGUCAUCAUCUUCACCUUCCUCAGCAGCAUCCCCGCGCUGACCGCCACGCUCCGGUGCGUCUGUGACCAGCAGAGGUCCUUUGCGCUGGGAAUCCAGUGGAUCGUGGUUAGAACUCUAGGGAGCAUCCCGGGGCCCAUCGCCUUCGGCUGGGUGAUCGACAAGGCCUGCCUGCUGUGGCAGAGCCCCUGCGGCCGGCAGGGCUCCUGCUUCCUCUACCAGAACGCCGCCAUGAGCCGCUACAUGCUCAUCGCCGGGCUGGCGUACAAGGCUCUGGGCCUCCUCUUCUUCGCUGCCGCGUACGCCCUGUACAGACCCCCGUCGGGGCCCUCCCACGGCCUGGAAGGGUCUCUGCCCAGCCAGUCCUCGGCCUCCGACAGCCCCUCGGACCUCCAGGCCGCCCCCUCGGACCUCCAGCUGCAGAGCAGCGUCUGACGGCCACCCGCCCGCCGGGGCCUGGGCUGGCCCUCGGCGCUGCCUGGAAACACCAUCUGGCUGCUGCCCAGAAGGGCUGACCCUCACCGACCGCUCACCCAGCACUGAGCGUAGGGGUGGG